AUGAAUCAUGCUACAGCUCAACUUAAGUGUUUCCAAGACUUAAAUAUUUCAUAUACAGACGAAGAGUUACUUUCAAUAUUUGCACAAGGUCCAGAUGCAUUACGUAAAUUUGCUCAAAGAGCUGAAAUUGUUUCCAAACGCUUUAGUUCGGAUGAAAAAGUUUCUUUAGCUAUCUUUGUCGAAUCUGUUCAAGAAAGUUGUCCAGAAGAUUUAAUUGAAUUUAUCUCUGAGCCGGGAAAACUAGUUUUUUUAUAUGCACCUUUCGAAGCGAAGGCCCUUGGUCACCAAAUUUCUACGUUUCACAUCGAUUCAACGUAUAAACUUCUAAGGGCUAACAUUCCAUUAUAUGCACUCACAGGAAAAACAGAACAUACUAUUGUUUUUCCUUUUUUGUAUUUCUUUAUUUCUCCUGACACAAGCGAAAAUAUUCAAUAUUGUGUUUGUCGUUAUUUUCAAUAUAUUAAUAGAGAACCCGAGAUGAUAAGUAUGGACUGCGCCUCACAAAUAGCCGAGGCAAUUGAGCGAGGUAUUCCAAACUGUCAUAUUCUUUGGUGUGGCGUGCAUGUCCUUCGCGCCAUAUUAAGAAAAGCGGAUAAGUUUAAAUCACGAGACAAUUUUGAAGAAUUUUAUAAUCUAAUGAAAUUAUUAGUAUUCGAUACUAAAGAAGAAUCUCCCGAGGAAGAACAGAACCAAGAAGAAGAAAAUCCUAGAGAGGAACCAGCUCAAUCUCACUUACUUCAAGCAGAAGAAAUUGAAGAAGAGGAACAAUAUGAAGAAGAAUUCAUCGAAAAUGAAUUUCAACCUUCUCAAAUCUUUUUACCACGAGAAUCUUCUGAUGAUCCAAACAAUUCUGAAUUUAUUCCAGAAGAAGAAACGUUUGAAACAAGUGAAGAAGUUCCAGAGCACCUCACUCAAGAAGAAGCUGCAGACCUAGAUGCAGUUUAUGAUCGAAUUCUUGAAAUUCUUUCCACUGAACCGAAAACCCAAAAGUACUUCGAUAGGCAAUGGAGGCAUCAUUUAGAUCGUUGGAAUAAGCGCUAUCGCAACGGAGGUGACGCGACUAAUAACGUCAGUGA